AGCGCAUCAACUUCGGUCCACUGUUCUACGCAGCGUCGACGUAUCGGAAGCAAGCUGACCAGUAGUAUCAGAACCUGCCAACAUUAGGUACAUUAGGAGCCAUUCGCUGCCACCAUGAUUUUAUUCUCAAUAUCCCAUUCCCUCACUUCGCUCUUCUUGUUCGACUGCCCUGUUUCUGACCAUGGCUAUCCACACUCUGAACCCACCUUGUCAGCCCCUGCGAGUGUCUGGCGAUGCUGUCGUCAACGCUGCGGGUGAGCGCGUGGUGUUGAAGGGUACAGCCCUUGGCGGCUACCUCAACAUGGAGAACUUCAUCACGGGCUACCCUGGCCACGAGCACGAGCACCGAGCAGCUCUUGCUUCUGUCUUAGGAAAGGAAAAGGCACAAUUCUUCUUCGAUCGGUUAUUACACUACUUCUUCACCGAGGCCGAUGCGGAAUUCUUUGCCUCCCUCGGCAUGAACUGCAUCCGCCUACCAUUCAACUACCGCCACUUCAUUGAUGAUCAGGAUCCGACAUACUUCAAGAAAGAAGGGUUCGCACUCCUCGACCGUGUCAUCAAUAUCUGCACAAAAUACAACCUCUACGUUGUUCUUGACCUUCACGCUGCACCCGGUGGCCAGAACCAAGAUUGGCACGCUGAUGGCGGGUCUAACAAAGCUAUGUUUUGGGAGUUUCGAGUUUUCCAAGAUCAGGCUAUCGAACUCUGGAAAGCCAUUGCAGCACACUACAAGGGAAACCCAGUGGUAUGCGGUUACAAUCUGCUGAACGAGCCGGCAGACCCAGAACACGUCAGGUUGACAUCAUGGUACGAGCGUGCAGAGAAGGCCGUCCGGGCAGUAGAUCCAGACACGAUGCUCUUCAUCGACGGCAACACAUACGCGAUGGAUUUCACGUACUUCCAAAACGUUCUGCCCAACGCCGUGUACGCCUGCCACGACUACGCAAUGUUCGGGUUCCCUAUCCCCGGCCAAGCACUGUACUCCGGUAGCGAUGAACAUAAAGGAAAGCUGAAGCGACAGUUCGACCGUAAAGCAUUCUUUAUGCGCGAACACAACGUUCCGAUCUGGAACGGCGAGUUUGGACCGGUUUAUGCGAACGAGCAAGUUGAUCCAGAGGCAGAGAAGGUCAACAACGCGCGUUACCACAUGCUGCAGGAUCAGCUGUCCAUUUACGACCAAGACAAAGUCAGCUGGAGUAUCUGGCUGUACAAGGACAUUGGCUACCAAGGCAUGGUGUACCUCAACCCGGAAACACCAUACAUGAAACUCAUCGCACCUUUCGUGGCCAAGAAGCAGAAGCUUGCUCUCGACUUCUGGGGCUGCGUUGAUAAGGAGGGCGUCAAGGACGUAUACGAGCCAUUUGUUGAGGGUCUGAAGAAGAUGGUCCCUGAGCACCUUCAGAAGAAGAAGUACCCUAACAUCUGGACCUUCGAUAGGCAGAUCGAAAGGGCUGUCAGGGAGUGCCUGAUGAGUGAAUACAUGGGGUGGGAGUUCGCUGAACUGUUCGAAGGCAAGACAGAAGCAGAGCUGGAGGAACUGGCAAAGAGCUUUUCGUUCGAGAACUGUAUCAAGCGGAAUUCACUAAACAAGAUCUUGCAGGAUGAUGGCAAGAAGACAACGGCAUAAGAAUCGAAAUUCGGCUUCGGGUUUUAGCGCAUACGCUUUGGGUAUUUCGAGACCAGUGGAUUCUAAUGAUACCAAAUGAUUCAUGAACUUUUAGAAUGAAAAAGGC